GUGAGGCUAUAACAGUUUCUCAUCACAACUUCAGAUAACGUCCAGCAGCUUCAGCAGAGGCCGGCAAAAUGGUCACCCAAAGCAGGAUGGAUUUUGCUCCUGUUAAAGAGCCCCUUGGCUUCAUCAAAAUCUUGGAAUGGUUGACUGCGGCUUUGGCCUUCGGGAGCUGUGGGGGAUACAGUGGGACAAAUGCUGUGACCAUUUCCUGUGGAGAAAACAGAAGUGAAACUCUGAUAGCUACAGUUAACUAUCCAUUCCGGUUAAACCAGCUGAAUAUAGUGGAGUUCAACAAGACCCUGUGUAACUAUUCAACAUCGGCAUCGUACCUAACGGGGGACUACGCCGUCCCGGCUGAGAUCUAUGUGGACGUUGGUAUCGCCUCCUUCACCUACUGCAUGGUAACACUGCUAUUCUACGUGUGUUACAUGAACGCCUAUACCAGGACCCCGAUCUGGCCCAAAACUGACUUUGUGGUGACCGUGCUCUUUGCCGUCUUCUGGCUGAUUAGCGCGUCAUUGUGGGCCAUCGCCGUGCAGCAUAUUAUAACAGCCGUGGACUCGAAUAGCGUCAACAUCAAUUUGUCGGUGUGCCGUGAAAUUGGUGUGGUUUGUGCAGUCGCAGAGUCCAAGGACAUUCGUGAUCUCAAACUCUCUGUGAACUGUGGCUUCCUUAAUGUGAUCCUAUGGAUGGUCAACAUCUUUUUCACCUAUAAAAAGACCCCAUGGCACAACCAGAGAAAGACUAUCCACUACCAGAGACUGGGGACGGAGCACAGACUGGUGCGUGACCCUAAAUGAGACACCCUUCGCCAUCUACUUAUGCUCCCAUGACAACCAUACUGUAACUAGGUUCUAGAGCCACACCUGUUUCUACAGUUUAUCUUCUUAUUGUCAAUCUUAAACCAAAUGUUCCUCUGAGAUUCUCUCGUUGCACAACCGUUUGUGUCUGUAACACACGCACCUGGAAAUUAGGGAAGAUAGUUAGAAUCUUACUGUGUCAUUUUGUUUCGCCAUUUACUUUCCCGGGCCACAGGUGGCACAGUGCUCCUAGUCACUGUCUCGCAGUGCAGCGACGUCAUUGCGACCUGGUCUUUGAUUCCCGGUUGUGGUAUACCGGCAAUGCCCUGGGUCCAGCAUACUGCAGAGUGACAAAAAUGUGCUCAGUGCCAAUGGGUGGAUGACAGAGAGGGCUGCCUUGUCCUGUUGCACUGUUGUGACUUCUUGUGAAGGGUUAGGCGGAUGUGAGCUCAAUCCUGAUAUUUUGCUGAGGAAUGUGUUCCCCUCCAGUCGAAACCUGUUGUUUAAGCCAGCAGUAUAGUGAGAUGCAGAACAGGUUGGCAAUGUGAGUUUCAGAGGUGGACAUAUUUCGAUAUUUGCUUUUUCCACAUCUGCUGUAGAGGUGUUGCAACGGUGCCAGGCCAUAAUGGUGAAUUGGACGGGAGUGAAAGGGGUUGAAAAUGGAUACAAAAAAUAACACACUUAGCUUCUAAUGACAUCAACUGUUUUUCAAGUACAAUCGUUUUUGUAUGAUUAUAUUAGUGUUUCUCUAACGACAAUUCAAGACAAUAAAUUGCCUUGAUGCCUACGAAGAAUGUGUAUUCUUGUGGAAAUAAAAAAGA